AUGGCGGACUACGACCCAGCGGACGCCGCGCCUUACGACCCGACAGCUCCGGCAGCCGAGUACCAAUACCAGCAAGAACCGGCCGGCGACGAAGACGAUGAGGACGACUACGACCCGUCCAGCCUUGAGAACGAAGACUCAGAAGCUAACGCACAAUCAUCGACCGCACAGCCCGCUAAACCGAAGACAGUGGGUGGCUUCAUAGUAGAAGACGACGAGGAAGAUGAAGACCAGCAGCAAGACGCGGCAAUGCCGCCGUCAUCACAACUCAACGGCACAGCCGGCGCCCACUCUGGACUAGGUGCCGCCGCAGUGUCGGACGCACAAAAUACUGUCAUAGCUAGUGAACCAUCGCAAGAAGACGCUUCUGCAACGAGCACUGCUCCUGUCAAUGGUUCCAGCUCACGUGUUGUUCCCGCUCCUGUCUCUGACACCAGCUCCACUUCCGUCCCAGCAUCUGCUCCUGCUCCUGCUUUCUCCCUCCAGAGUCCCACUGAUCAGGGUAAGCAACAAGUGUCUACCACUGCCUCAGCAGUACAGAGUGCCACCGCUACUCCGCAGCCUCCAGUUGCUUCUACGCCUGUACCGGCUCAAGCAGCUAGCGCAGUGCCUCAAACACCGACCACGCAGCGUCUGCCCCACGACAAAGUCGGCCAGCUUGAAGAUCGCAUCAAAGAGGAUCCGAAGGCUGACACUGAGGCAUGGCGAGCGCUGAUCAGGCACUACCGCGAGAAGGGACAGCUCGAUCAGGCGAGGAAGGUGUACGAGCGGUUCUUUGCUGUCUUUCCAAGCGCCGCACAGAUGUGGGUCGAGUGGGCGCAGAUGGAGCUCGAGGAGAACAACCUCAGCGGCGUCGAACAAAUCUUCAACCGUUCACUUUUGUCAUUACCCAACGUCGACAUGUGGAGCACCUACCUCGAUUACCUCCGCCGCAUUCACCCGCUCAUCGGCGACCCAGACGGCACGAAGCGAAGCAUCAUUUCGCAAGCCUUCGAGCUGCUCCUUGACACUGUCGGCCUCGACCCGGACGCCGGCAGACUCUGGCGCGACUACAUCGACUUUAUCAAAGGUGGACCUGGCUCAAUCGGCGGGACCGGGUGGCAAGAUGCACAGAAGAUGGACUUGCUUCGUAGAGCUUACCAGAAGGCUGUGCGCAUGCCACAUGGGGAGCUUACCAAGCUGUGGAAGGAGUAUGACAACUUCGAGCUUGGAAUCAACAAGGCGAACGGACGCAAAUUCUUGCAAGAGCAGAGUCCACACUACAUGACUGCGCGAACAGCGCUGACGCAGUUGAUGAACAAGAUUGAAGGUCUCGAUCGAGCUGCUUUGCCGCGACUGCCACCGCUUUAUGGAAGCGCUGGAGAAGACGAGUUCGGCACGCAGGUCGAGAAGUGGCGGGACUGGCUGAGCUGGGAGAAGGAGGACCCGCUUGUGCUGAAAGAUGAGGAUAUGGCCGCAUACCGGAAGCGGGCGGUGUAUGUCUACAAGCAGGCUACCAUGCAGCUGCGGUUCUAUCCUGGUAUCUGGUUUGAGGCUGCUUCGUGGUGCUUUGAGCAGAACACCGAGGAAAUGACGAAGCAGGGCGAGGAUUUCAUGGAUAGAGGGAUUGAGGCUUGUCCAGAGAGUGUGCUUCUGACGCUGAAGAAGGCAGAUCGUGUUGAGACCUCAUUGGAGAAGAGCAACGAAGAUGAAGUGGCGAUCAGGAAUGGCGAAAAGCUGGAUCCCAUCUACGAGCACUGCCUGACAGCGCUCUACUCCCUCCGCGACCGCAUGAUCGAGCGCAUGAACAAAGACUCCGCCAAAGUCCAGGAAUACUUCAACUCACUCCCGCCAGAAGACACCGACAUGCCCGCCGCCUCAGGCAACUCUUCCGACGACGAAGACGCGCCCCCGAAACCCCAAACCCGCGCCCAACAACUCGACGCCCAACUCAAGACCGUCAAAACCACCUCGCUACAACAACAGGACACCCUCAAACGCACCAUCUCCUACCUCUGGGUCGCCAAAAUGCGCGCCUUCCGCCGCAUCCAAGGCCAAGGCCAACCUAAGGGAGCGAAGAAAGGGUUCCGCGGCGUCUUCGCCGAGGCACGACCGCGCGGCCAGUUGACGAGUGAAGUCUACAUCGCCUCUGCGCUGAUGGAGUGGGUGUGCUACCAAGACCGAGCGGCCGAGAAGAUUUUCGAACGGGGGUUGAAGCUCUUCCCGACGGACGAGGUGUUCGCGCUGGAGUAUAUCAAGCAUCUCGUCUCCAACAACGACGACACGAACGCCCGCGCGGUGUUCGAAACGACCAUUACCAAGAUCGUCAAAGCGACCGAGCAGGAUCUGCCCAAGCAGCGACAGAAAUGCAGGGUGCUGAUGGGCUACAUGCACAACUUCGAAGCCAACUACGGCGACCUCGACAAGAUCCACAAGCUCGAGAAGCGCAUGGGCGAGAUGUUCGCCGAUGAACCCGAAGUCGCUCGCUUCGGCGACAGAUACGCCCUUCCUUCCUUCGACGCCAUGGCCGCGCAGCUCGUCAUCUCCCCGACGCAGAUCCAGCCGAAACCUACUACCCAACAGCCUUUCGGCGGGCAAGGCCAGGGUUUCGUCCCGAGUAUCGAGCACCAAGCGGGAAGUCCGGCGAGCAAUAUCCGUCUUGGUCCGAAUGGGCCUUACGUCGCGAGCCCGAAGCGUCCGCUGGAGGAUAGUGAUUCUGAGGCACCGGCGCGGAAAUUCCAGCGCGGCGAGUCGCCUCUCAAGGGCGCUGCGGGGCGGAGACUGCAGAACCAUAGCAUUUCGUCCUUGCCUGGCUCAUCCGGCGGUGCAGGUGGUGGUGGAGGUGGGGACAGGGGCUUCGUUACCAAGAACUACGUCCCCCCUUCCUCUGGACCGGGUGCCGCAGGCGCUGGUGCCGGGAUUGGUGGUCUUGGUGGUAUGGGCCCACAGCAUCCAGCCCCUCUGCCCUAUGAGAUCCACCAGCUGCUCAGCGUGCUGCCGCAUGCAAGGACGUAUCAGAGUACGGUUUUUGACGCGGGGAAGAUUGUGGAGUUGCUUAGGGGGCUGCCGCUGCCGGGGAAGUAG